AGCUGCCACGAAGAAGCCAAUCAAGCCUUUCCAGUUUGGCCCGAAUGUGUCUCCAAAUGAGCACAAAAUGUGAUGUUAUUCAGUGUCAGUGCGGUGUCUACCUUUGACCGUUGAUACCUGCAUGUCAUGGCGGAAUAUCCGCCCCUACCGGACCAAAACAUACCGACCAAAACAGACUGUUACCGUUUCAGCUGUUCGUGUUGUUAUUGGAGCUAGCAUUAGCCUUGGAUAAAUUAGCUAACGCUGCUGUUAUUUUAUACUUCAACAUCAUUGAUUCAUCCCUGCAAGUCAGAAAGCCGCUAAACAAGGUAACUACGUUGCACUAAUGAGCAAUAACCAGUUAAUAUCAAGGUUAUAAUAUUUUGAUUGUCUCAGCCGUCUGUAUUCGUUUUUCUUAAAAUAAAUAAUAAGAAACUUGUGAGUUUAGGAAGAAACAGCUCAGGCAAAAUGUUCUCUGUUUCUACGGUUAAGGUUAGCUAACGGAGUUAGCAGGCUAGCUGUUUGGAGAUGUAGCAGCAGACAGUCAGUGAGCUGACCCUGGCUCAGCACAGCCCGUCUGUCCGAGUGAAAAGGUGGAAAUCAUGUCCUGCAAAGCCGCAACCAAGGACAAGAAGUCGAGCUUCAGCAAGAAGCUGUUCAGGCGAGGCUCGGUGCGCUCCGUGGGCAGCUUUAUGAGCAGAGUCCUCAGGACGCUGACAGCCUUGUCACACUUUGGAUCUGAGGUACAAAUCGAGGAUGACAAGGAUGAUGGGGGAUUCUCCGCUUUCAAAUCUGGGAAUGAAGAUGUCCCCAUGGAUGAUGGGGACUUUGGUGGUUUCCUGUCCGGAGAGAGAGUUCCUGGGGUGUCAGGUCUGAAAAACCACGGUAACACCUGCUUUAUGAAUGCAAUACUGCAGUGCCUGAGUAACACUGAACUCUUCGCUGAGUAUCUGGUUUUGGAGCACUACAAAGGCGAGGAGUCGGAGGAAGAUAAGCCCAAAACAAACGGCUUGCAUCUGCAGAAGAAAGGUCCUCUGGGCAAAGGAGAGGUGACUGAGCAGCUGUCAGGACUUGUUCGGGCUUUGUGGACGUUUGAGUACACACCUCAGCAUAGCAGGGACUUUAAGAAUGCUGUGUCGAAAAAUGCUACACAAUUUAAAGGGAACUCGCAGCACGAUGCUCAAGAGUUUUUGCUCUGGCUGCUGGACAGAGUGCAUGAGGACCUCAACACCAACAACCCAAACAGCAGGCCUCCCAUUAAGCCUCCUAUUGAAGAAGAUGACCCGAGCAUAGAGGGACCCUCUCCUCCCCUCUCUGCUGGCUCGUUUGUGCAAGAGCUGUUUCAGGCACAGUACAGGUCUUCUCUUACUUGCCCGCAUUGUCAAAAACAGAGCAACACCUUUGAUCCCUUCCUCUGUAUCUCCUUACCAAUCCCCCUGCCACACACACGGCCCUUGUAUGUGACAAUGGUCUACCAGGGGAAGUACUCUCACUGCAUGAGGAUUGGAGUUGCUGUUCCUCUCAAAAGUACUGUCUAUCGCCUCAGAGAUGCUGUGUCACGUGAAACCAAGAUCCCAAUGGACCAGUUUAUUCUGACCGAGAUGUAUUACGAUGGCUUUCAUCGCUCAUUUUGUGAUGAUGACGAUGAUCUUGACAUCAUCCAGGAGAGCGAUUCCAUAUUUGCCUUCGAGACACCAGAGACCUUCAAGUUGGAAAACCUGCGCACAAAAAGAGGAAGCCUGCUGGCAAACCUAAAUCAUAACAAUUUGAAGUAUGGGACAGAAAUCAGCAGAACUCCAUCCUUCAUGCAGGGGGCGAUGACUCCUCUAAGUGGAUCGCCUAAUAAAAACGUAGGACCAGAGAGAAUUAUUCUCCUGGUGUGUAACAGAGCCUGCACUGGCCACCAAGCAAAAAGGUUCGGCUUGCCUUUUGUACUCUACAUGGAGCGCACUGUGACUUGGGAUGCUCUACAAAAAGAGAUUCUGGAGAAAAUGCGGCAUCUUUUAAGGCCUGGCGUCUACAUUCAGGUUGGACCUUUCAGUCUCCGGGUGGUUGGCGUUGUUGGCAUCACCUACCUCCUUCCUCAAGAUGAGAGACCACUGUGUCACCCAACUGUUGAAAGAGCAUACAAGUCAUGUGGACAAGGUGGACCCCCUCAUGUGAAGAUUGUGGUUGAGUGGGACAAAGAAACCAAGGACUAUCUGUUUGGUCAUACAGAGGAAGAAUAUAUUCCAGAUGCUGAGAGUGUCUACAUGCACAGACAGCAGCAUCAUCAGCCCCAGGCCUGCACCCUCGCUCAGUGCUUUCAGCUCUACACUAAGGAGGAGCAGCUGGCUCCAGACGACGCCUGGCGCUGUCCCCACUGCAAGCAGCUGCAGCAGGGUCGGAUUAAGCUCAGCUUGUGGACGCUACCAGAUGUGCUCAUACUGCACCUCAAGAGGUUUAGACAGGAAGGAGACCGGAGGGUGAAGAUGCAGAACAUGGUGAGAUUCCCACUGAUGGGGAUGGACAUGGCUCCACAUGUGGUGAAGAGAAGCCAGAGCAGCUGGAGUUUACCUUCUCAUUGGUCGCCAUGGAGACGGUCCUAUGGGCUUGGAAGAAACCCUGAUGACUACCUUUAUGACCUGUAUGCUGUGUGCAACCAUCAUGGCAAUAUGCACGGAGGCCACUACACUGCUUAUUGCAAGAACUCUGUCGAUGGUCAGUGGUACUGCUUUGAUGACAGUGAGGUGACCCCAAUUGCUGAUGAUGCUGUGUGUCAGCAGACAGCUUAUAUACUGUUUUAUCAGAGGAGAACUGCGAUUCCUUCCUGGUCUGCCAACAGCUCUGUUGCUGGCUCUACCAGCUCGUCGUUGUGUGACCACUGGAUCAACAGGUUACCUGGAAGCAGACCAGCCAGUUUGGCCUCUGGAGCUUCAUCCAGACGGACAUCCCUGGCUUCACUUGCUGAGUCAGAGUUUCUUCCAGAACGUAAUGAGGAUGAUGGAGGAUUUUCUGUUCGUCCGUUCGUGAGAAGCAUCCAGCGGCAGAGCUUGUCCUCGAGGUCAUCUAUUGCCAGCCCUUUGGCUUUCAGUGACAGCGGAAUUAAGCCCUCUUGGUCUCUUUCUGCUAAGCUGCAAAUGAGAUCCAACUCACCCUCACGCUUCUCUCUAGACUCCCGUUGCUCCCCUCCUCUGGAGCGGAUAGGAGAGGCAGUAGAUGACAAGGUUUCCACGUCUUGUUUUGGCAGCCACAGUAGACAUGAACGGUACUUUGGCAGCAGGACUCCUUUAUCUAUGAUGGAAAGUGAGGACAACAACAAAAGGUUCCUAGACAUGAUGUACUGCAGGGCUCCUACCCCAGUGGAGAAGAAGAGCAACAAAAGCGACACAACUGAAAACAACAAUGAGAUCACAGCUGUAGACCAAAACAUUCAACCAACUCAAGCAACCCCCUCCAAAGAGCAGAAACGUAAAAGUAGCAUCGGAGGGUUUACCUUGAAGUCUGAAAGCACAGGCUCCAUUAAGGGUUCCAACAAAGCAGAGCAAGAGAAGACCUCCAAAAAACGUCUGUGCUCAAUCAAUAAGAACCCAAUAUCUGACAUGUCUUCCAGUACGUCUACAAAAGGCAAGAAGCCGAGUAGCGCUAAAGAGAAGACUGAAAAUAUGAAGAAAAGCACCUCGACACCCUGUGGAACCCCCUCUAAAACCAAGAAUCUGAAUCAGACUCCUGAGGCAACCCCUCAACAUAAACCUUACCUCCGCUCCACACCUCAGUCUUCAGCUUCACCCUCUCCGACUGCAAAGAAGAACUCCAGCGUAACUGAGAAAGGCUCCACAAGCAGCCGGAAACGACUGAUUGAAAGGAGUUUUAGCAGAGACUCUAUGAACACCAGCCCACUUGUCGACAGCCAUCGAGUCAGCUGCGUGUCCCGAUCUUCACUCUCCAAGAACGGGGAUAGCAAUCGGCUUGAGAGGAGGUCCGUGAGGAGUUCUAGCAGCAGUUCCUCUGUCACCAGCCUGCGCUCUCCCAGUGUAUCUACCAGAGACCUGCAACGUAGCAGCAAAGGCGAGGAGAAAGGGUUGUCCUUUUUCAAAAGUGCGCUCCGACAGAGAGAAAGUCGCAGGUCUGCCGAUUUAGGAAAAAGUGCCAUCCUUUCCAAAAAGGCUUCAGAGAGGACAUGCAAGCAGAACGGACCAACUAAGGACGGUGAUGAUCAAAAGACUGGAGAUGCAGGGUCUUUGAAAACCUCGAAAGAAACUGUUGGAGGUGAGUCAAACUCAGAAAAGCAGGAGUCUUCCAAGCCCCCCAGCUCCCUAAGUCGCACUCUACUAGGAAAGUCCAAGUCUUCCACUUCUGUUGUAAGUAGCAAGUCUCGUACAGACGGGAAGAAGCCUCUAGAGAAGACGGCAUCUUCCCGAAAGCUGUCAUCAAGCAUGCAAUCUCCUGCACGAACAACACAGAGGCCUCAGUGAUGCUUGGUGAUGGUAGUUAUGAUCAAAGAUAAAAUGCAGCUAUUUUCUUUGUGCCUAGGUUUUCGUUAGCACCAGAUGUAUUUAAGACACCUUAUUUGAUGUUAUGGUUUUGUAAAUGUCAUUAAAUUAGUAUUUCUAUUUUAUUCACCAUUGAAAAACAUUUCAUCAUCCCCACAUCUGGCAUUAUAGCAAUCGCAAGAUAUGCUAACAGUAUUGGUUUAAAAAGUAGCAUUACUGUUUGGUAUUUUUUCAGCCUUUUUUUUAAGUGUUCUGUUGAUAUUAUACAAGAAAACAAAACCAUAACAUCAGAAUUAGCCUCUAGUACCAAUGAUUUUACCGAUUUAAAAAAAACAUGUUUUUAAAAAAAUGUAAUUCCAAAAUAAUUCUAGCAAAAGUUCUAAUUGUGCGAAUUGUUUUGAGUGGAAACUUUCUCACUUUUUUUUUUUCUUUUUAUGUACACAUUUUUAUAAUAAAAAAAACAAAGUCCUAAGUUUUUAAACUGAAAACAAUGGGAGAAAAUGUAAAAAAAAAAAAAUAUAUUCCUAAAUAUCAAACACUAAUGUUCUUGGAAGCUUAGAAUUGAUGAGUUGGUAGAAACAAAUUGGAAUCAAUAAGAAAUGCAAAUAAUAAAUGGUUCUUUUACUAAAAAAGAAUUAGGAAAAUGUCGAAUUUGCUUUACAGAGGUUUUACAAAAUAUAGCUUUUUUUCUAAAAGUAGUUUUUUGAUAUUGUUUUUUUAAAUUAAGACAUUUACUUUAAAAGAAGAUGUGUUAGAAUGGAACCAUUAAAAAUAUCUACACAUAUAGAGACAUAAAAUAAACUGUACCUGCCCAGCCCCCACCCCUCUGUGAGCAAGAUAAAAAUGAUCUUUAAGCGCCUUUUAAUGCUGCACAUGGAAUAAUAAAACUGCCUUUUGGCAAACUAGUCUUGUACUGUAAGCGUCACCUGUAGGAAUGUUGUUCAAUAGCACUUUGUAUAGAUAAAAACCUAUGACAAUUAUUAUGAAAUAGAUAUUUUAGGGUGUUUUGUAAAGUAGAGCAAGCAGCUUUAGACUUGAAAUGGUAAAUGGAUGCAUUCAUCUCAAUGUUUCAGGGCGUCCUCCCUUCCUUUAAUACACCUGGUGCUGUAACAGACCACUACUUCACUGGCACUAAUGUUUUUUUUUUCUUUCUUUUGUUAAAAAAAGGUAAAUCUUAAAUAAUAACUGUAACUACGGAUUUUCAAUGAGCUACAAAGCUGUUUGUGUUUAUAUCAUAACCUUUGGUACCUCGUUGGAGAUAAUAUCUGACGACAUUUUGUCUUCUGAAGCCUGAAGCAGUGGAUCAGUAAUGAGCCAUUUAAUUAGCUGAAAAACUCAACGGAUACUGUGGUUGUUGUUCACAUGUGGACAUGAAUGCUGAACUUUCUCAUCUGAUUUACCAUAUAGGACGUGACAGUUUUACAAUUAAAGUAUUGUGAUGUGCAGAGCUUUCUCUCUGCAGCAGCUCUCCCAAACCUCGCUUGUUUUAAGCUGUUAGGUUUAUUAUUGUAAAACUGUCCGAUCCCCUGGCAAUACUUGUGCAUCUGAUAAGAGCACAUGCAUCUUUAUUUAUUUUAAAGAUUUAAAUGUCUCCACAAUAUCAGAAAUGAAAUAACCUUUUUUUUCUCGUUCAGAUUUGCAGUAAUUCUCUUGUAUUUGUCAAGUUUACGAUGCUUCUUGGAUUGUUUGAGAAAAACUCCGCCUGAUUGAAGCGCACUGCCUUAUUUACAUGGUCCGUAUGGGAUAUGUCUUUUAUUGUGACAUAUGCCUGUGAAUGUUUCUUUAACGGCUUUCAUAGUUGCCCCUUAAAGUUUGAAACGACAUGUUAAUUAAUAAUCUUAGGUCCUGUUUGCUUAGCCUCUAUAACAAAAUCUAUGCUAAUGAAUGAAAUCAAUGACUUAAAGAAAAUGUU